UGGCUGCAGGUAACCCAGCCUGUGCGUGUGGACUCGGACCUGGUGCCAGAGCAGGGCGAAUGGAAGGUGGACAAGGUGGGCAGCUACUACCUCCUUUUUGACAACACCUACAGUUGGACUCGUAACAAACGUGUCUGGUGUCGCGUGGAGACGCGACGUGCUGAACAAUCCGCCCUGGUUAAUGGACACCGGGAGAGGAAGGAAGGCCGCAGACCGAGCUGUGCGCUCUCAAUCCUAGAGCAGUGUGCUGCCGCGGAGCUGCCAAGAGGAACUCCUAAACCAGAAGAUGCCAUUUUAGCCAGUGAGCAGAUAGAGUCGCUGACCGAAGAAGAGGUGAUGAUUGCCGAUGCGGAGGUUGACGAGACUAUCCGCGAGGCUCUGCGCGAGCUUACCCAGCCCUCCCCAAUGGAUGGCUAUCGUUGCUGCUACACUGACAGCCUAGAUGUAGACCUGUCAGCUCUGCUGCUGGUCUUGGUUCAAGCUCUACCCCUUAUCCGGCUCUUUCUUGGCGGUUUCGCGUCAUCCGCGAACAUGGGGUCGCAGGCUGCCAUCGUCGUUGCUGCUUCUGUCUUGCCGGUGAUUCCAGGAUUUCUUACCUUUCCUCCGUUUCAACUGUGGAUGGAUGAGUUUGAGCUUCCAGAACCUGGCUUCAUCAAUCACCUUACAUGA